AUGGGCGUCGUCGUUAACGUUGGGGCCAUUAUAGAUAACAGUUCUCGAAUUGGCAAAGAACAGAGAGUGGCAAUGGAAAUGGCAGUGGAGGAUUUUUGUGCAAAUAACAGUCAGAGAUUGGUUCUGCAAAUAAAACACUCUCGGAGGGACCCCAUGCAGGCGGCUCUUGCAGCUAGAGAUCUCAUAAAUAUGCAAGAAGUUCAAGCCAUUCUAGGACCACAUACAUGGGAAGAGACAUCAUUAGUAGCUGCGGUUGGCAGUGAGAACCACAUUCCAAUUGUUUCUUUUGCGGAGGCUACUCCAAACUGGGCAACAGAGCUCUGGCCCUUCCUAGUUCAAGCUUCUCAUAACGAGCUAAAACAAAUGGAAGCAGUAGCUGCUAUAGUUAAGUCUUUUGAAUGGUAUCAGGUCACUGUUAUAUACCAAGAUAGAGAUUAUUCGUCCAACGAAAUUUUGCCUGGCCUCUCUCGUGCCUUGAGACAAGUUGGCUCAGAAAUAAGCCAGCUCGUAGCUCUUCCCCCUUUCGGUUCUUCUUCAUUAGUCAGAGAGCUUGAGAAGCUUCGACAAGACCAAUAUAGAGUUGUCAUCGUGCAUUUGUCUUUGCCGUUGGCAUUGCAACUAUUUGAAAAAGCUAAAGAAAUGAAGAUGAUGGAAAAAGACUAUGUAUGGAUCACCACAGAUCCUAUUACUAGCCUAGUACAUUCCUUCAAUGCCUCCACCAUUUCCGCAAUGCAGGGGGUUAUCGGAGUCAAGAGCUUCUUCCCUGAAAGUGAGAGUCCCCAAUUUCAGGGUUUUCAUCGUAGAUUUCGUAAAAGGUUCAGCUCAGAAUAUCCUGAAGAAGAAAACAAUGAUCCUGGGGUCUUCGCGGCACAGGCCUAUGAUGCUGCAAGGGCAGUGGUUCUAGCAGUGACACAAAGAAAACACAAUGGGAGGCCCUUGUUGGAAAAUAUUCUUCGAAGUGAUUUUCAUGGCUUAAGUGGAAAAAUUCAGUUCACUGACCAAAAAUUACCACUACAAAAAAUGUUCCAGAUCAUCAAUGUUAUAGGAAAGAGUUACAGAGAACUCGGAUAUUGGUCAGAUGGAUUAGGCUUCACACAGACUAUCGGGGGAAAUGAUACUACCAGUUCAUCCAUGAAAGAUUUUGGAUCAGUGUUUUGGCCAGGGGGGACUUUCUAUACUCCAAAAGGAUGGACUGUAUCAACAAGUUCAAAGCCAUUGAGAAUCGGAGUGCCUACCGGAGCGGCAUUCAAACAGUAUGCAAAUGUAGAAAAAGAUCCCUUGGGUAAUAACUUCUCAUUUGGUGGAAUUGCAAUUGAUCUCUUCGAAGAAACCCUAAUCAAGCUGCCUUAUCAUUUGCCAUAUGAAUUCUUCCCAUUUAAUGGCACAUAUGAUUCAUUAGUGCAGCAAAUUCAUUCUAGUAAAUUUGAUGCUGUAGUUGGUGAUGUAGCAAUAGUGUCGCAAAGAUAUCAGUAUGCAGAAUUCACAAACCCUUAUUCUGAAGCAGGACUGAUGAUGAUAGUUCCAGUCAGGUCCAAAUUUUGCAGCAAAGCAUGGUUAUUCAUGAACCCUUUCACACGAGCCAUGUGGGCGCUCAUAGUGGCCAUCAAUGUCUACAAUGGUUUUGUCGUUUGGUUGAUAGAGAGAAACUACUGCCCCGAACUCAGAGGUUCUCUGCCAAAUCAAAUUGGAACCUUGAUUUGGCUUUCCUUCACCACUCUAUGCUCCUUACAUGGAGAAAAGCUACAUAGCAAUUUGUCAAGGAUGACAAUGGUGGUCUGGUUAUUUGUCGCACUAGUCAUCACACAGACAUACACCGCCAACCUCACCAGCAUGCUCACGGUCCAGCAACUUGAACCAGCUGUAGCAGGUGUUGAUGCACUUCUACAAAGCAAUGCCGUUGUUGGUUAUUGUAAGGGAUCAUUUGUUUCUAUGUAUCUAAAGAAAGUCUUGAAAUUUUCCCCUGAUCACAUUCAGGAGUUUAGCUCCCCGGAAGAGUAUGCGAAAGCCCUCAAAAGCAAAGCAAUUGCUGCUGCAUUUCUUGAAGUCCCUUUUGCCAAGAUAUUCCUCGGACAAUACUGCAAAGAUUUUGUGUCGGUUGGGCCAACAUUCAAAGUCGGAGGAUUUGGAUUCGCAUUUCCAAGGGGGUCACCAUUACUUCCGAGUGUAAAUGAAGCAAUGCUGAAGGUGGCCGAAAGCGGUAAGCUUCGAGAGUUGGAGAACGACAUGCUGGCAUCUCAGAAAUGCUUGGAUGCAGAAACAGAUGGUAGAACCCCAAGUCUAAGCCCCAGCAGCUUUUGGGUACUAUUCACAUUCUCAGGAGGGACAUCAACAAUUGCUCUUCUGGUUUACAUUUUCCGCAUUCAUAAAUCGAUGCUUAAGCACAAAACAAUCUGGAACUUAAUGUUGGCUGUAAUCAACCAAUGGGGGAAUCCAAGUAUGCAGAGGUUCUCAAGAAGAGACAGCGACAUUAGUCCAGAAACUCCGACACAUUCUGCAAAUGUCCCUAACUUGCAGGCUCAGGUCUAG